AUGGAAAAGGUGGUUCUGCCCAACGGUGAAGAGCGUGAGAUCGAAAUCAAGAACGCGCUAUAUGUUCCAAGUAUGAGCAAGAACCUGCUCUCGGUGCCACAGAUUAACAGCCAUGGCAAGUUUCAAGUCGUGUUUGAUGGGUCCAAGAUGUAUGUGACUCUCAAGAACUCACAGCAAGUGGUGGCGACAGCGGAUCUCGUGGAUGGACUCUACUGGCUUCGGACGACUCAACGAUCAGCGAAUGUGACAACAAGUGGAACCAGUUGUGCCGAUCUACAUGCGAGAAUGGGUCAUGCUCCAGUCGAUGUACUUCGCAAGAUGAUCGCGACCAACAUGAUCAAGGAUGUGCGAGUCCCUCUCAAGUCGGGUGGAGCAACUACAUGUCGAGGAUGUCAACAAGGGAAAAUGGUCCAAAAACCAUUUCCAAGCAACCGAGACAAGCGCAGCUACGAUACGUUUGAGCUACUUCAUCUGGACAUCUGCGGGCCCAUGGAAAAGGAUUCGCUCGGUGGCAGCAAAUAUUUGCUGCUGAUCAUCGACGAAGCCAGUGGAUGCAUGAAGGGCUUUUGUCUACGAGUGAAGUCCGAGAGUGAAGACUACAUCCGGAAAUAUAUCACCAUGGUACAGACGCAAUUCUGUAAGAAGGUCAAGUUCGUGCGACACGACGGAGCUCGCGAGUUUGCAACCAACUCGCUUCAACUGUUCUACGAAGACGAAGGCAUUGAACAGCAGACAACGGUGCCGUAUGCACAUCAAACAAACGGAACAGCAGAGCGUGCCAUUAGGACUAUUGUCACGAUCGGCCGCAGCAUGCUUCAUCAUGCCAAACUGGACAAGUGUUUCUGGGCCGAAGCAGCGAUGACGGCCAUCUACGUCAAGAAUCGACUGCCGUCACCUAAAGUCGUGCACAAGACCCCGUUUGAGAUCGUCUACAACUUGAAACCAAGCGUCAAGCACAUGCGAACAUUCGGGUGUCAGACAUACAUACUGACGCCUAAAGAGAAUCGACUCAAGUGGGAUCCAAAGGCUCGCGCUGGCAUAUUCGUGGGCUACGAAGAAGUUUCGAAGGCAUAUCGUGUUUAUGACAUCGAGGCGGGGCAGGUGGUUAUCAGCCGCGAUGUCAACUUCGACGAGUCCACCUUUGGACUUCAACUGCCGAUCACUGAUGAAGAUGUCGAUGACCUGGACUUCGAAUUGCUGGAUCUUGAUGACGAAGAGCUGCGUCAAAUGGAGUACAAGCAAAGAGGCAAGCGCAAGAACCGACUCAAUGAUGAAGAUACAGCAGCUCCACGACCGCGUGCAGUGCGUCAACGACCAGGACUAGAAGAGUCAAGCGCGCCGGAAAACAACUCGUCACGACAAGAAGAAGACGAAGAAACGAAGGAUUCUGGUGAUUCAACACCGCCUGUGUUUUGGCGUGCGAGUGCAAAUGCCGUUGAAGCAGCAGUGGACUUAUCAGAACCCUCAACAUUUGAAGCAGCAGUAAGCGGCCCUGACCAAGUGCACUGGAGAAAAGCAAUUCAUGCAGAGCUCGAGUCAAUGCGACUUCGCGGUGUGUUUCGUGCAGCCAAGCUGCCCAACGGACAACGCGCCAUUGGCACAAAAUGGGUGUUCAAGAUCAAGCGCAAGGCGGAUGGGUCGAUCGAGAAGUACAAGGCAAGUCUCGUGGCAAAGGGCUUUCUCCAGAAGUAUAGAAUCGACUACACCGAGACGUUUUCGCCCGUGGUCAAGUAUGUGACGCUGCGAAUGGUGAUCGCAAUUUCCAAGCAUUUUGGAUGGCCCAUCGACCAGCUUGAUGUGGUGACAGCUUUCCUGUAUGGCGUCAUGAAGGAACAAGUGUUCUGCGUGAUUCCUGAAGGCGUCGAACUUGACAGUACGUUCGACUGCCUGGAAUUGGUGAAGUCAAUUUACGGCCUCAAGCAAGCGUCGCGAGUGUGGAACGAGACGUUCGACGAGUAUGUGUGCUCCAUCGGAUUUCAAGUAUCGGACUUCGACCCAUGUCUCUACAUCAAGACUUCGGACGGCCAUUGCGUGUUUAUACUGGUCUACGUGGACGACGUCUUGGUGACUGGAAGCUCGCUCGAGCUGAUUGCACAAACCAAGAACGACCUGAAGACGCGGUUCGAAAUGACGGACAGCGGCAAGUGUGCGUUUGUUCUUGGGAUCGAGCUUUUGGACGGUGAAGAUGGCAGUGUGACACUAUGUCAGCGUCGGUAUGUCGAUGAUAUCCUCAAGCGCUUUGGCAUGGAUGAUUGCAAGGCAGUCGCAAGUCCAGUCGACAUGAGCUCUCGACUUGUUUCAAGUGAUGCAACUACCAAGGUCGAUGCUCCUUUUCGCGAAGCUGUUGGUGCGUUGAUGCACCUGACCACUGCAACGCGUCCGGACAUUGCGUUUGCUGUGGGCUAUGUGUCGCGGUUCAUGGAAAAUCUGAUGAACGUUAGACUUCUUGGUCCGAGUGCAAAACGCAAAGUGAAUAUAUAUUUAUAA